CGAAGGCAUCAGCCUUUUUGGGCGCGUAACGGACAGCCGGUUCCACAUUUCGUAGCAGUAAUCGAGGAGACGUACGAUCCUCCCCUUCCUCCCCUCUCCAUUUUGAGCGUUGCAUUGUGGGAGAGGGCCAUGCGAAUCGUGCACGUUGCACACGCCGGUCAACACUGACUCUGACAUUAUCGUCUGAUCACUUGUAACACGAAGCGAUGGAUUCCAACAAAAUGGAUGCAGGUCAAACGGGCCCCGAUGGACAACAAAUCUCAAAGAAAGCAGCCAAAAAACAACAGAAAGAAGCAGAAAAAGCUGCCAAGAAAGCUCUGAGAAAAGAGGCGCAAGCUGUGGCUGAUGAAGGAGCCGCCGAAGCAGAUUGUGCCCAGGGUCACUACGGGUCUUACCCCAUGAUGCAGUCUGCAAGUAAACCAGAAACAGUUUUGAGAGACCUGAAGGACCUUACCCCAGAGCUGGCUGACCAGAAGGUGUGGAUCCGGGCCAGGCUACAAACAAGCAGGAGCAAAGGUAAACAGUGUUUCCUGGUUCUUCGCCAACAAAAAUGGACGCUACAAGCACUCCUAUCUGUGGGAGAGAGAGUCAGUAAACAGAUGGUGAAAUUUGUGGCUGGGAUAAACAAGGAAUCCAUUGUGGAUCUUGAAGGUUUUGUGAGGAAAGUUGAUCAGAAAAUUGAGUCCUGUUCUCAGAAGGAUGUGGAACUUCAUGUGGAGCAGACAUGGGUGGUGAGUCAGGCAUGUCCGCGAUUACCUUUACUUAUUGAGGAUGCAUCACGACCAGACACUGAUGAUGAAUUGGCCAAAGUGAAUCAGGACACACGAUUGGACAACCGAGUACUGGACCUGAGGACAACAACUAACCAGGCUAUUUACCGAUUAGAGGCGGGCGUCUGUAGGCUCUUCAGAGAGUUCCUCACAUCACAAGGAUUUGUUGAAAUUCACACACCUAAAAUUAUCUCAGCUGCAUCGGAAGGAGGGGCCAAUGUGUUUGAAGUGAGUUAUUUCAAAGGCAGUGCGUACUUAGCUCAAUCUCCUCAGCUGUACAAGCAGAUGGCUAUCUGUGCUGACUUUGACAGGGUCUUCACAGUGGGUGGAGUUUUCAGGGCAGAAGACUCCAAUACUCAUCGUCACUUGACAGAAUUUGUGGGGCUGGAUUUAGAAAUGGCUUUCCGGUGGCAUUACCACGAGGUGGUGGACCUUAUCGGGGAUAUGUUCGUCAACAUUUUUAAGGGACUACGUGACCAAUUUUCAGAAGAGAUUGAAACGGUAGGCAGACAGUACCCUUCUCUUCCUUUCAAGUUUUUGGAACCAAGCUUACGUCUGGAGUUUCCAGAGGCUGUCAAAAUGUUACGUGAGAAUGGCGUAGAGAUAGGGGAUGAAGAUGACCUCAGCACACCAGCAGAGAAGUUCCUUGGAAAACUAGUCAAAGCGAAGUACGACACUGAUUUUUAUAUCCUGGACAAGUACCCUUUAGCUGUCCGACCGUUCUACACCAUGCCUGAUGCCAAUAACCCAAAAUACAGCAAUUCCUAUGACAUGUUCAUGAGAGGGGAAGAAAUUCUCUCUGGAGCACAGAGGGUACAUGACGCUGAGUUUUUAUCCAAAAGGGCAUCGGAAAUGGGUGUGGACCUGGAAAAGAUCAAGUCCUACAUCGACUCUUUCAAGUUUGGGUCGCCUCCUCAUGCUGGUGGGGGAAUAGGGUGUGAGCGAGUGACCAUGCUGUAUUUGGGACUGGACAAUAUCAGGAAGGCCUCCAUGUUUCCACGAGACCCCAAGCGCCUUACCCCAUGAGGACGCAGUGCCCAUUUCCCUGCAUGACACCCAGAAGAGGCACUUCAACUUUUGCAGUAUAAGGGCAAAACUCAGCAUUCAAUGUUAGACUUUUGAAGUCGAGCUUCCGCGUGAAGCAGAUCCUGUUUGGUAGUAUUGGAUAUCUGGAAAGUAUAUUGUAUAAUUGAAAAAAAUCCAUGUAUAAAAACUUUGAGUCUAGAAAGAUUUUUAUAAGUGACUGAAUUAUGAAAUGUAUAUCAUGGUAUGCUGUUCAUGGUUCACUGCCUUGGAUGAUCUACUUGAUGAUUUCCUCUUCGUGGACAAGCUUCGUUUGCUGUGAUAAUAUUCACUUCAUGGGGCAAUGAUAUUGAACUGAAUUUAAGACUGGAAGAUAAUUGUUAACAUUAUUUAUAAGAAAGUGUUUACCACCUCUGUUUUGCAUACUUAUCAAUCAGACUUCAUGUGUUUUGAGGUCGCUGUCUCGAUUGUACUGGUCAUAGCAGUAUGUGUAUUUUGAUAAAUAAAAAUACAGUU